AUGCCUCCUCCUGGUGUGUGUGUGAACAUCAUGGCGGCCCGUCACAAGAAAUCUGGCUAUGGAAGCCUUGCCUGUCCUGAGAGGUUCCUCAACCAAGACUACGAGCAGCUAAAGAACUUCCACUUGAUCCGCUCCGCGCGCUACAUUGACAAGAUGUUCCCCCCUGACAUCAUCUCCAUCGGGCAGGGGAUCCUCAGCCCUGACAGGUUGGCCAAAGUGGAGUGGAAGAGACCAGGGGUAAUUGUUCCAAAUCCAUGCUUCACAGUUGAUGGAGUAUCCAGGUUUGACUUUUACCAAGGAGAAGUUGGAAAUUGCUGGUUUCUUGCCUCUAUUGGAGCUCUGACGUUCCAGAAGGACAUUCUCCAGCAAGUUGUGCCACUUCAGCAAACGUUUGACCAGGACUACUGUGGACUCUUCCACUUCAGGUUCUGGAGGUUUGGACGAUGGAUGGAUGUUGUCAUUGAUGACAAGCUGCCAACAAUCGAUGGAAAACUCAUCUUCGUUCACUCCAGAACCCCAAAUGAAUUCUGGCCUGCUUUGCUGGAGAAAGCCUACGCCAAGGUGUGUGGCUCCUACGCAGACAUGAACGCUGGGACUCCCUCCGAGGCUUUGGUGGAUUUCACCGGCGGCGUUCACAUGAGCAUUGACCUGUCAAAGGCUCCUUCAAACCUGUGGCAGCUCAUGUUUAGCGCAGCCCAGUCCAAGUCGCUGAUGGGCUGUGGUACGCCCCAGGGGAGGUCACCCAACACAGUACAAGAAAAUGGACUGGUGGACGGCCAUGCUUACACUGUCACCGGUGUCAAGCAGGUGAUGAGUCAUGGGAACAUAGUGAGCCUGGUGCGUUUGUUGAACCCCUGGGGCCAAAAAGAGUGGAAAAGGGACUGGAGCGAUUUGUCUCCCCUGUGGGACUCCGUGAGUACUGAAGAUCGUAACCUAUGCCUUUCAGUCCGUGACGAUGGGGAGUUUUGGAUGAGUAUAGAAGACUUCUGUAACUUCUUCAGAGAUCUUGACAUCUGCUCUCUGAGCCCCAGUUUCCUUGACGGGAACUCCUCUUGCCGUUGGAGGGCUUCCCUCCAGGACGGCCGGUGGGUCGCAAGCAUCACUGCUGGAGGAUGCCUGAAUGAUCCCGACAGCUUCUGGAUAAAUCCACAGUAUCGGGUCAAGGUUGUAGAUUCACAUGAUGAGUGUGCUGAGAAACAGGAGGGAGUCAGCUUCCUGGUGUCUCUCAUGCAAAAGCCUGACAAGAGAAACAGACGCCUUGUCACAAAUCUGUACAUUGGCUUCUACAUAUUUGAGGUGACUGAGCAAUACAAGUCGGUGAAAGGGAAGUUCCCUGCCUCUUUCUUCAAAACGCACAUGCCUGUCGUCAAACCUGAGUUCUACAAGAAUGCACGCGAGGUCAUGAAGUUCACAAAACUGAAGCCUGGUGAAUACCUGAUUGUGCCGUCCACCCACAAACCCAAUGAGACGGCCUCCUUCAUCCUGUCCAUCCUCUCCACAGCAGAGAUCCAUGUCUAUGAGACUUCUGGUGACUUUAUGGAAAUUGCAAAGCCCAAACAGAUGGAGAACGGACAUGAUGACAACAGCACAAGACUCGUGUUCAGUGAACACGCCGACCAGUAUGAGGAAGUGGAUGCUGAGCAGCUCCAGAAGCUUCUGAACGGAAAGAUCCUCCACGGGGACCUGAAGGCUGGAGGCUUCAGCCUGGAUGCCUGUCGCAGCAUGGUUGCUCUUAUGGAUACAUCAACGACAGGCAAACUGAACAGCUAUGAAUUCCUGCGUCUGUGGAAGAAGGUCGUUGCAUACAAGGACAUUUUCUUCUACACUGAUGCUGACCGAACAGGAACUUUGUCGCUGAGUGAGCUGAGGAAUGCAAUCAUGACUUCAGGGAUCAAGGUCAACGAUGAGAUGUUGAACUUGCUGGCUCUGCGCUACGGUGACGCCACUCAACACUUGACGCUGGAGACCUUCAUCAGCACAAUGAUCCGCAUGGCCUGCAUGCACAAAAUCUUUAAACAGCUCUCUGACGGAAUGACCAUGACUCUCGCUGAACAAGACUGGCUGCAAAUUGCAAUGUACAUAUAACCUGACAGAAAAGAUGGACUGACCAAUGGUGAGCCAGUGUGACGGCGUGCUGGGGUCCAAUAAAUAAAUAAAUAA